CAAGCCAAGAGGAGGAGGAGAGGUGAGAAACCGAAAGGUUUCCCAGGUUGCAGAUACCACCAGAGGGAAGAGGAAGAGAAAAAGAUACUGAUUUCUAUACUUAAAAGCUUUGUCCCUCCUGUCUCCUGCAGCCCCCUGGGCCAGCGUCAUGAUUCCGUCCACUUUCGUCAACUGUUAUGUCCAGACCCCUCCUGCAAAGUGUGUAAUAACGCAACCUUUGAGAUGGAUCAGCUGCUGUCCUCCUUGUCCCUGGAAGACACUGCUCCCUCUGUGUCCCCUUUGGCUUCGACAGCCCCUAUGACUGAGCCAUCGUUCACUUCAUCCCCUCCCUUCUCAGCAGUCCCUGCGGGAGACCUCACACCACCUCCUCUGCUCAAGACUUUACUAGCACCUCACUCUGUUCUCUCCCCUAACCCAGUGACACCUUUAGGUGCUUUUCCAACACUGUCACCACCAGUUCACUCUCUGCCACCAGCACCUUUUCCUUCUUUGGAAACUGAAUUCCCAGUGGACCAUUUUCCACCCCAACCCCUCACCUUUCCCUCUUUCCCACCACACAACACUCAGAAUGAGCAAACAACUCUGACCCUGAAUACCAUCUUUCUUGAGUCCUCCAUUAUCUAAGAUCUCAACUACUCCCCAGAUUUGGCCCAGACUUUGAGUCCCGCAGCCUCAGUGACUUAUCCCGUACCACAAACCUUGUCUGUUUCACCACCACCAAAACCCAGUUUAGCUGCUCCUCAACCUAAAUCUAUGUCCAUCUCAUCAAAACCUCCUGAGGAGUCAUCUCCGGACAGCACUGGUGCACUGUCCACUUCUGUCCCGCACGGCACUGACCACCCAAGCCUGUCAGUUCCAGACUGUUCCUGGAAGGAUGCUCGUGUCAGAGUCUCACUGCCUUCCACCUCGACACGACGUGACCCCAGUCAAGAUAAGGAGGUGGGGUAUGAGUCUGAGAAGGACCUAGACAGUUACAGGAUGGGUCUGUCGGGUGAAAAUUCAGUGGUGUCGGGGCAGAGUGUAAGACAGACACAACUGGAAAAUGCCCUGACAGUACAUUUGAGCAAGAAGCUUGAGGAAAUCAAUGUGGUUCAGCUCCCAGGGACUGUGCACAGUUCAUGGCAUAUUAUCCAGCAGACACUCUGUGCAAUCCCACACUCAGUGAAACGGAGAAGUCUGUCACCAUCAGAGGGUGGGGACUCCUGCCUGAGCACGUCCCAGGAGCUUUCCUCCCUGGAGUCCCGUGCACAGCAGAUGCUGGAAGCCCACAUUACCACGUUUACUCCGAGGGCGAUGUGGACUCUCCCAGCCAAAGUUCUUGAAUCCAUAGAGACCUUCAGAGAUACUUCCUCCCACUCCCUGUAUAAUUCUAAAUCAUCCUCAAAUAACCUGACUGCUGAGGUGGACCCCACAUCAGGGAGCUUCACGCCCCAGAGAGGAAGCUCUAAAACCCUGACUCCUCCUCCCCCUGCCACCUCACUUGUGGGCAAGGAAGGUCAGGGGCCCCUGAGACCGUCACCCUCCGACAUCCCCCAUGGGCUGGCAGAGGAGGGUCAGAGAACUGGAGGUGCCAGACACACUCUUCUGCCUGUCACAAACAGCAUCAUUGGCAAAGCGAGUCACAGACGUCCUCCAAGAGCCAACAUCUGCCCCCGAAAGCCGCCCACGCAGCAAGCCGGGGCGGCACACGAGCCAGUGGAUCAGAGCGUGAAUUCCGGUCAGGGCCAAAAGGUGAAGAAAUCAGAGCCUGUUCCCAUGCCCAGCGUGUCCAGGGCUGAGGAGCUCGAUGCUCUUCAACCCAAAACGAGUGAUGUCUUGACAGCCAGCAAGCCGGGAAUCUCCCAAAGGAUAAACGUGAAUGAGAGUCAAGGAACAACGACUGUGACCACUGAAAGCCUCCCAGCCAAAAUAUCAGCUCUCCCAGAUCCUAAAGAAGACUCAUUGCUGAGUCAAAGGCUACAUUGGAGAAAAAGGAUGAAUAGCCAGGCCUGAGGCCAACCCACGGACUUGUCCCAUGACUCAGACAUCUUGACUUACAAAGCCCCCCUGAGCCAUGCUCAGGGUGUCUCCAGGGUGCACAGAGCAGCUCCCCAGGAGCCACAUGUCCAUUGGGAGGACCGAGGACUCAGUGUGGAGAAGCAGCAGGAGCCUUGGGUCCCUAAGCAUGUCUCAAGGUUGUGCCAAGAGAAGAAUUUCCCACCAGCCACAAAGAGAGUGAGCCCCACAGGCUCCAAAUCAGAAGAGCUUGGCGGAGGGGAUGCAGGGUUGGGAACAUCCCAAGCAGGAAGGACGAGAUUGCAUGCUCAGGACCUGGCAUUAAAGGAGAGGCUUGGGAGCAAGUCUCCCCAGGCCCUAUCACAGAAGGGACAGUCACCUUCUGAAAGCUUUUUCAGAAAUAAAAUAACACUCUUUUCCCAUAAAGAUGCUGGGAUUAAAUGCAAACAGCAAGAAAAUCCAGGAAAAGGCAGCCCCAUAUUGUCUGCACAGAGCAGAGGCCCAGUUAUAAGUAGAGCAGACAUUGGGAAGUUCCUGGAGGAGAAACUGGGGCGUCAGCAAGCAAUAGGUGGCGCCUGCCCUCAAGAGCCCCUUCCCUCUACAGUGAAGUUUGGGGAAGCUCAGCAGAGCCUGACAGGGGCCGAGCCUGUCCAGUGGCAUCCCCUCAACUCCAGGGCUCCCUCCUGUAAAGUGAAAAAUGCCAAGUCCUGUCGCCCUGAGGAAAGACACCCUCAGAAAGCUGUGGUAUUAAAGGACCAGCUAUUGUCAGAAGCACCCCCAAUCAGUGCCCCUCGGGACUGUGCCCCGUCCAAGCUCCCCUGCAGCCUCCAGCUGCCCCGGCCUCCUGCUGCGCUCACCUCUGCUGAAGGCCCUGUUCAGAGACUCCCCUCUGGUGUGCAGGAGAAACUGCUUCUGCAGGAUUUGCAGAGGAAAGAAUUUCCCUCCCCAAAAUACUUCCUCCCUUGUUGA